AUGGGGUGCACACGUGAUGCCUUCCUGGAUGCACUGGAGAACCUGACUGCAGACGAGUUCAAGAAGUUCAAGAUGAAGCUGCUUUCAGUGCCGCUGUGCGAAGGCUAUGCACGCAUCCCACGGGGGACGCUGCUGCCCAUGGAUGCUGUGGACCUCACCGACAAGCUCGUCAGCUACUAUCUGGAGGCGUACGGUGCCAACCUCACGGCGCUCAUGCUUCGCGACAUGGGCAUGCAGGAGGUGGUGGAGCAGCUGCAGGAGACCUUGGGCAAAGGGGAACUCACCUCCUCCACACUUGGCACAGAGGUCCAGACCACAGCCAAGCCAACACUGCACUUUGUGGACCAGCAUCGGGCAGCCCUCAUUGCGCGGGUCACAGACGUGGAUGGGGUGCUGGACGCCCUGUACGGGAAGGUCCUGACAGAGGAGCAGUACUGGGCAGUGUGGGCGGAGUGCACCAAUCCUACCAAGAUGAGGAAGCUCUUCAGCUUUGCUCCAGCCUGGAACCUGACCUGCAAGGAUCUGCUCCUCCGGGCCCUGAGGGACACCCAGACCUACCUGGUAGUCGACCUGAAGCAGAGCUGA